CAGCCCUGAUGAAUGGCGCUUUAGUUUCAAAUUACAAGUAACGGCCAAAUAUUGCUUAUUGUAGUAUAACUGUACCUUACUUCCUAAUAAUGUCAGGAAACGAGGAAUUUCCACUUUCCCAAACGUUAACAGAUAUUAAUUCUAUUUACAGGUCUAUUCUUGUGGAAAACGAGUAUCUUAAAAAUGAAAAGGAGUACCUCAAGACAUUGAAUAAUGAAUAUGAUGUUGUUAAAAAUGGCAUUAUUUACCUGGAAGAUCUCAAGAAAGAAAAGAUUAGCAAGGAAGUUUUGAUUGAUGAUAGUAUUGAGAGUGGAAGAAAUACACAGCUCUUAUUGAAGGAACAUAAAAGCAGCCUUCUUAAAGAACUGGAGGUGGAACAAAACAGAACUGCAGAACAGAAGAAGAACCACGACUUUAUCAUAUCCAAAUAUGAAGCAACCUGGGAACGUUAUAAGGAAAUCUACAGUAAACUUCCUUUUUCCCGUGAAAGAAAAAAACUUCAGCUAGAGUACAAGACGAAGCAUAUUCAGCUGAUGCAAUUCAAAGUGCAGAUAGCAGAAAUAAAACAGAAAUGUCGGCUUUUGGAACAAGUGCGAGAACAGAGGAAGAAGCUACAAAUUGUGAAACUAGCAGAAGCAUACAAAGACAGAGAAACCUUCUCAAAGAGGAAUGCUGCAAUGAUCCAGGAAAUCAGGAGGCUGAGGGAUGAGGUUGAAGCAAAGAAUAUUGAGAAGCUGAGGUUGAUGAACCUCAAAGACAAAGAUCGAACUGAAAGGUACCUCACUCGGGAUAUUCUGUCUACUCCUCCUUCAAACUUCGUCAUAGACAUCCCAUGUUUUAGCAUUCCUCAGUUAAAGCUUCCACCAUGGUAUUCUCCCCCAAGAAAGAUUCCAUGUCAUGAUCAGAAGUCCAGAAACACCAUGACAUCUGCAGCUGUUACAGACCCUCCUGUUGCAAGUCACAACGUUUCUCAUAUAAUGGCAAGAGAUAUGAGAAGCACUUCAAAUCCAAGGAGUGGAUUACAAACUGGAAAACAGAACAGCUGUGAGGAGACUAAUCCUUCACUAGCAACACCCAUGGCAGUGAACCAAGAUUCUUCUACAGCUGAAGAUACAGAGAAAGAUAAACAGGAAGAACUGCAAGCUGUAACUGAUUCUACAGCUAUGGAUGAGAACAAUACUGAGAUACACCCUUGUCAGUCCUCACUGCCAGCAUUUGAAGGCAUUCCAGCUGUUGCCACAGUUCAGCCGGAACAAAAGUCUGGACAGUCCCAGUGGUCCCCUGAAGAAGCUAUGGAUCAGACACCAACAUUUACAUCCACUGAAGGUCAGACUGCUCAGCAGCAUUCAAGACAGGCAGAUCCUUUUCCAAUAGAAACAUCUCCUGCUUCUUCUACACAGCAAACUGUAGCACAUGCUACUGAAGCUGUAGGCAUCAGAGCAGCAGGUGGGAAUAUACUAGAGCUCAAUGUUCAGACAACAGAUGCAGGGCCCACAGUGGGCCCUCGUGGAGAUUAUCAAGAAUCACCUGUACACACUGUCGAACAACAAGUGUCAGCUCCUCAGGCAUAUACUAUGAACACUGUUGAAAGUGGUUCAACAACUUCUCAGGCAGAGCCAACAACAACCACUGAAGAUGAUAAUGAGAUAGACAUGACUGCUGAUAAGGAAUGUUACCGCUCACCCAUUACAGGUGAAAAUUUGCAAGGGACUGAUCAAACAUCAGAAGCAGACCAACAUCAUGAUCAUUUUUGCUGCAUUGCAAGCCCUGAGGAUGAAUGCUGUGCUUUAUCACCACAAGGAGACUUCCUGAUGACCAGUCCUGAUGGAACAGUUUCUCCAAAAUCCCCCCCGUUUGUUAUUUCAUCCAGCUUUCAAACAGCAAAUGACGUCCUGUUUGGGGCUCGUAGCAACCAAAAAAGCAACACUGGGUUUACUUUUAACUUUGGUGCAUCGAACACUGGUGGAGCUCACACCAAUCAGGGAGCUGAUAGGGGAAACCCAACUGAAGCAUUUCAAUUUGACUUCAAUAAGAAGACACCAUCUCGAAGUUUCUUCCAGUUGUUUUAAGUGUUACUGUUAUGUUUCCCUGGGUUUAAAUAGUUUUAUGCAAUCUCCUACAAUUUUGAAUUCAGAUCUAUAGAAUUAUGUUUAUCUGAUAGGCAGAAUGGGGGUCAGGUGUUGGUUAUAGGGGGGCUAGAACAAUACCUGAGAGGAAGAUGGGAUGAUAUGUAACUGUCUUUCAUUGUUUAUGGAAAAGAUUUCUUGCUUCCUGCUUCCCUCCCCCCCUCCCCCCAUUUAAGAUGAUGUUCUCAAGUUUAAGAAUUUAUUAUAAUACUUUCAUGUAUGCAUUAGUUGGAUUAUAAUGGGUUUUAUGAUGAUUAUAAAAGAAACUAGCAGUUUUGUUUUUGUGUGUACAUUUCUCAUAUAUUCUGUAAGACUCCUACCUGGUCCCAAAGAGGAGGCAGAGCAGCUCAGUCAAUAUAGUGAUUAGGGUACAAACUGGUUGAGCAGGGUCUGAUUCCUAGCAUAGACAGCGACUUCCUCUUUGCUGCAAAUUGCAGACUGGCUCUAGGACCCACCCAGCCUACCACAGGGAACUAGAAUAAAGCAGGUGGUGUGCGAAGCUAACCACUCACCUCCAUCUAGUGCUAAGAUUAAGAACGUGUGGAGUAAUACGUCCAUUCCCCCAAACACCUAAUUAAGAUCAGGAACAACUGUACCUUUUACCUGGGUUAUAAGUACCUCAAACUCAACAAUCUUCUCCAGACAAAUCGUUUAAUUUAUUUUGUUCACUAUCAGUUCCUUCCUUUUAACUAAGUAUUUUGCACCCUUCUCUGUAACACUUACAACUGAUCAUGCGAUACAUUGCUUUUACCAAACGGCAUGCUUCAGUGGUUAGCACUCCUGUUUCAUAUUUGAGAGGUCCCAGGUUAAAAUCUCGAUUGAGAAACUGACUGUUCAGAGAUCAUUAGGGCCGUAUUUAGUCCAAGCAAAUGCCAGAACAGUACUUAAAAUUAGGCCAUAAUCACUUCCAUCCAUACAUUUUCCAAUUUAUUAUUCAUUAAUUUUAUUCAGCAUUAUAAAACACAAGCUGUAAAUUUCAUUAAAUAAACCAUAAAUAAAUGAAAUUAUUAAAGCUGCUUUUAUUGCCAAUGGCUUCUUGGUGUUCUGUUAUUUUAUGAACCAAUUAUACAUGGGAUUUCAUUAUGGUAGGCAAGGGCUCAGCAUUUAAAACAUAUUUCAGUAUUAAGAACUACAGGUACUCUUAGCUGCAUACACAGGUUUUUGGAGAUCUUCACCAGUAAACCCUUACUGUGUAAUACAAUUUGGUUGGCAAGGUCACUAAUUUUCCUCAACCGGAAUGGUACUCAUGCUUAUUCCAUCCCUGCCUGCAAUAUAUAAACUAUUUAUUUAUUUCGUCUCUAUAGAUCGUUACAUGAUAUAGGACAAGUCAGUUACUGUACAUUGGCUGAU